AUGCCAGCAUCCUCUACAGGCCCUCCUAAGCCUCGAAAACCCCGCCCUUCAAGAGCGCGAGGUCUACGCACAACAACCGGUUGUCUUACGUGUAGACGGAGAAGGGUCAAAUGUGACGAACUCAGGCCUCGCUGUGCAACAUGCACAAAGUCAGACCGAGAAUGCGUCUACUCAUCCUCAAAGGAUGUGUUGGCAGACACAGCAAGCACCGUGUCAGGCUCGGUGCAGUCCACGUCGCCUGCACAUGAAGACGCCUCUUCGUCUGCUGCCUUUUCACCUGCCUCCACAGCCUUUUCACCGGGUUCAGCUGCCUCUGCUAGAAGACCCCUUCCUCGGGAAAUCGAUCCCCAGGUUUGGCAAGCCUCACCUGAACUCUUGUUUGAGUCUCCUUCCACUGUCAUCAAUUCUCUGCCAUCGCCCAAUUCCGCCCCACUAGCUUACUACGACUUGCUUGCCGAAGAUGCCAUGAACAAUAUUGACAAGUAUAAUCUGAAUCUCGACCUCGAGAGGACUGCCAUGUCGCGAGCUCAGAGCCCCGAAGCAGCAACGCCGAAUGUAGAUCCUCAGCUAGGCCAACAGGACCAAACAGCCGAAUCUGACUCUCAGAUGCAAGAGCAAUGGAACUCGACCGAAGUUAUACCCGUUACAGACGAUGAGCUUGUUCUUUUCAGACACUACGUCAAUGUCAUUGGACCCAUCCUGGAUCUGAGUGACCCUUCCAAGCAAUUCACCACGGUUGUACCCGCCCUAGCCGUUCACAAUGUGGGUUUGCUAAAGUCCCUGCUUGCUGUAGCCGCGCGUCACAUGGCGCUCUUGAGCGAGCCGCAACUUCACCAACUCAGCCUCCAAGACCAUGCACCGAACCCCGAAAGCACCAGUGCCAAUUUACGAAACCCGUUACUUCAAGUCGCAACACAGUAUUACUACGAAACGCUGCAUUAUCUCUCCAAGAACCUCUUCUACCCUUCAUACUCGAAAUCGAGGGAAAUCAUCUCGACCUCCAUCCUCAUCAGCACAUAUGAGAUGUGGGACUCUGAGGGCCAAUACAGCAACGGUGCAUGGGAAAGGCAUCUUCGUGGCAUAUUUUGGAUUCAAAGGAGUCAAAACAACAAUGGAGAAUGCAGGGAUCCGCUGCGAAGGGCUGCUUGGUGGCAGUGGCUACGUCAAGAUUCGUGGGUUGCUUUUCGUGAAGGGCGACGGGUUCUGACUAUAUGGAGGCCUACCAAGCGUUUGAUGGACCUGAACCCCGACGAAUUAGCUCUGCGUAUCGUGUAUAUUUGCGGAAGGUGUAUAGACUUUGCUGCGACUGAGAAAAAGUAUGACAUAAAUACGCGCAUUGAGCAAGCCGGAAAGCUCCUCCAAGCGCUUGAAGAUUGGCAUAAAGCGCUUCCUUCUUCGUUCCAACCCAUCUAUCGAGGGCCCCCACUUAGACCAGGUGAAUCAUUCACACCCAUCUGGAUCCACCCUCCUUCGUUUGCGGCUGCCAUUCAGAGCUUUCACGUGGGACGGAUCCUGGUUCUCAUCAACCAGCCAUCGAUAGGAGGUAUCGAUGAGUUUAGAGUUCGACAACGAGCCUUGGAUGAGAGUGUCGAAGUGAUAUGCGGUAUUGCGUUGUCCCAUCAAUCAAAAGAUAUGUCCAGUGCCAUGUGCAAUAUCCAGGCCAUUUACACCGCUGGUCUAAGCGUACAGGACCCAGUCAAGCAGACGGCGAUCAUGCAUCUUUUGGAGCAGACUCUUGACAUUACAAGAUUCCCGCCAAAAACAUUACUCGCGGACCUUGCCAAAUACUGGAGUACUGAAUCAUGA